CGUCAGGCCGCCUGUGGUUUUACCUGGCGGGCCGCUCCGGGCUGAGCCAUCCGCCGCUCGCCCUGCGUGUGCGCUCCAGCUCCGUGCGCCCCUGCCCGUGCGCUCCGCUCCACUCCGUUCCGAGCGCGCCAUGGCCGCGGCGGUGGAGGCGGGGGGCUUCUUCCUGGGCACGCUGGGCUGGGGGCUGCUGGGGGUGACGCUGCCCAACAGCUACUGGCGGGUGUCCACGGUGGACGGCAGCGUGAUCACCACCUCCACCCUCUUCGAGAACCUCUGGCAGAGCUGCGCCACCGACUCCACCGGCGUCUACAACUGCCGGGACUUCCCCUCCAUGCUGGCGCUGUCCGGCUACCUGCAGGCCUGCCGGGCCCUGAUGAUCACGGCCCUGCUGCUCGGCGGCCUGGCCGCCCUCUGCGCCGUGGUGGGGAUGAAGUGCACCAAGGUGGCGGACGGGAACCCCGAGGCCAAGGGCAAGAUGGCGGCCGCCGGGGGCUGCAUGUUCAUCCUGGCGGGGCUGUGCGGGAUGGUGGCGCUCUCCUGGUACGCCUUUAACAUCACCCGGGACUUCUUCGACCCGCUCUUCCCCGGCACCAAGUACGAGAUCGGCCCGGCCCUGUACCUGGGCUGGAGCGGGUCCCUGCUGGCCAUCGUCGGGGGCGGCUGCCUGCUGGGCUCCUGCUGCGCCCACUCCUCGCGGGACAAGAGCUUCAGCUACCACCACAGCGGGCCCAGGGCCGGCCCCCAGCGCCUGCGCAGAGGCUCGGACGGCAGCAGUGGCGGGCAAUAUGGCAAGAACGCCUACGUUUAGGGGUGGGGAUCGGCUGCAAAUCCUCCCCUCCCCGGCUCCCCACUCCCCCCCUGCACCGGACUCGGCGGCCGGCGUCACCCCGUUCCUGGCCACGGGCGAGGGGGCAGGAUUGUUCGACAACCAGAAGACGCCGGGCGUUCACCCCACCCCGGGCAGGUGAGAUGUGCCCCGGUGCUGCAGCAGAAGGCAAAAAAAAUAAACCCCACACAAUGUCCCUGCUCAUCCGACUUGGUGAGGGGGGGGCGGAAGAGUCCUGCCUGACCCCAAAUCCGGGGAUCACUUGGACCCGGACCACGGGAACAGCCAGGCAGGUAGAAAGAGGGGUCCCUGGCCCCCCACCGCCGGCGUCUCAUCUCCAGUCGUGGCCGAGCCCUGAUGCGUCAGAGAAAGCUGGAAAAAAAUAACCCCCGAGCUGCACCCGGCGAGAGGGGGAAAAUCUUCCUGACCCUCCAGGCACCCGGGCGAAGCCCUGAAGCAUGAGGGUGGAUCUGAGCGUGCCCGUGCGAACAGGAAUUUUUCAAUGAGAUGAUUUUUUUUUCCCCAUGGGAAAAGGCCGAGCCACAGAAACCGAAACUGUUCGGGGGAAGGUGUCGGUUCUGCUUGUGGGGGGGGUUAAAAAGGGUCAGAAAUGGGCUGGCACCACCUUGGUCGGUGCGAAAGGGAGGCUGCUUAUAGUGCGAACGGAGCCCAAGCGCUGAGACGGCGGCGUUUCCACGGACCGGCUCCGCCACCGGUCGGCUCCCGAACGCGGGUGAGGUUUCCCGGGCUGGGGGAGGGGGUUGAAAAUCCGCGGGGGCUGGGAAAACGGAGCCCGGUGCUGCCAGUGGUGGUGGGGGGUUCGCCUCCCGGCUCGUGCCCGGCAGGGCCGAUCCGUCGCGGGCAGACGGGGCGGAGGAUGCCGGCGCGGGGGCGGCUGGAGUCUGCCACGAAGCCGGCCCGACUUUCUCCGCCCGCCCGGAGUUUGGGGGGGAGCCCGACUCGUCACCUGUUUUGUACAAAAUAAACACGUUCUUUGAA